GCGCCCUCAAUUUCGCUUCUUCAUUCGAACACCUAUCAACCAUGUACAACCCACGCGUUGGCGAUCGGCUCUCCAGCCUCGACACCCCUUCCAUGAUAGUCGACCUCGACCUAAUGGAAGCCAACAUCCAAAAACUCUUCGCCAGCCUCCUUCCCACGGGACUCCACAUCCGUCCGCACCUCAAGACCACCAAAAGCGCCGUGCUGGCCCGGAAGCUCGUCGCCGCCGGAGCCAAGGGCUGCUGCGUGGCCAAGGUCUCGGAGGCCGAGGCCAUCACGGCGGCCGGCUUCGACGACAUUCUAAUCACGUGUGAAAUAAUUGGGGCCCCCAAGGUCCAGCGACUGGUGGAAUUGGUGAAAAAGCAUCCGGGCAAGAUCCGCAUUGUGGUGGACAGCGCGGUAGGGGCUACCGCCAUCAACGAGGCGCUGGCACGGGCGGGAGGCGUCGACCCUCCGCUGGCGGUCUUGAUUGAUGUGGAUGUCGGGCUACAUCGCACUGGGGUGGUGGAUAUGGAGGCGGCGCUGGCACUCGCGCGACACCUGGCCGGGUUGAAGCAUCUCAAGUUGAUCGGUGUACAGGGGUACGAGGGACAUGUGCAGCAUCUGCACAGUUGGGAGGAGCGUCGGAGGGAGUGCUUGGCUUCGAUGGCCAUUCUGACCGGUACGGCUGAAGGCCUGCGGAAGGAGGGCUUUCAGAUUGACGUGGUGACCGGUGGGGGAACGGGAACAGUGGAGUUCUGUGCUUCAGUGCCGGGAGUGACGGAGUUGCAGCCGGGAUCAUUCAUUUUCAUGGAUACCGACUAUCGAAAUGCGGUGGGGAGGUUUUACUCGAACAGUUUGACAGUGAUGUCGACGGUAGUGAGUCGGCAGGGGGAGAGGCAGGUCACUAUCGAUGCGGGCCUGAAGUCGUUGACCACUGAUAGCGGGUUGGCGGAGUGUAAGGAUGCGAGAUACUCGCAUCAGAAUCUGGGAGAUGAGCAUGGUGCGCUGAGCUGGGAGGCUGGCACCCCGGCCUUGGAAAUCGGAGACAGAGUUGAGAUGAUUCCGAGCCAUAUCGAUCCCACGAUCAACUUGCACGAUUUCUAUUAUGCGCACCGGAAUGGGGUCGUCGAGGAGAUCUGGGCGGUGGACUCUAGAGGAAAGGUUCAAUAGAUAGCAUUAUUUGGGAGAUCAGCCCAGUCAAGCGACACGCGCAAAUAUCACAC